CAAGAAUGGCAUGAUAUGAUGACGCCCACGUCGUUGCAUGAGACUGGCAAAGUAACGCGAUAGCUGCCAGUUAAUCGGAAUCCCCGAAAAUGGCGGCGCCGCCAGAGGAGGAGAGCUUGGAGUCUCGCGUCAACAAAGCCACCAACCCUCUGAACAAGGAGGCGGACUGGGACAGUAUCCAGGGCUUCUGUGAACAGCUCAACAAUGAGCCUGAAGGUCCUCAACUGGCUACCAGACUUUUGGCCCAUAAGAUCCAGUCACCCCAAGAAUGGGAGGCCAUGCAAGCACUAAUGGUUCUUGAGAUGUGCAUGAAGAACUGUGGGAAGAGGUUCCACAAUGAAGUGGGCAAAUUCCGCUUCCUCAACGAGCUCAUCAAGGUGGUCUCACCCAAGUACCUGGGUACUCGGGCCCCAGAGCCAGUGAAGAAGAAGGUUCUGGAGGUGAUGUUCAGUUGGACGGUGGGUCUGCCUGACGAGCCCAAGAUAGCAGAUGCCUACCAGAUGCUGAAGAAACAAGGCAUUGUGAAGCAGGACCCGGUACUUCCUGAUGAGCCCCUCCCACCCCCUCCGCCCAGAACUAAGAGCGUCAUAUUUGAGGAUGAGGAGAAGUCCAAGAUGCUGUCUCGGCUUUUGAAUAGCACUCACCCUGAAGAUCUAAGAGCAGCAAACAAACUCAUUAAGGAAAUGGUGCAGGAGGACCAGAAGCGAAUGGAGAAGGUGUCUAAGCGUGUGAACGCCAUCCAGGAGGUGAAGGAGAGUGUGGGCCUGCUGACCCAGCUACUGGGAGACUAUAGCAAGGAGAGCAGCUCCCAGAGCAAUCAGGAACUCAUCAAGGACCUAUACCAGAGCUGUGAAAAGAUGAGGCCUACUUUGUUCCGAUUGGCUAGCGACACAGAGGACAACGAUGAGGCCUUGGCUGACAUCCUGCAGGCCAACGACAGCCUGACUCAGGUCAUCAACCUGUACAGACAGCUGGUGAAGGGAGAAGAGGUGAACGGAGACAGCACAGCCAUGCCCACACUACCAGGAAGUAGCACAGCCCUCCUAGACCUGACAGGGUUAGACACCUCACCCACUGGACUUCCCUCCUACCCAGACACCCCCUCACUACAGACCCCGUCACAAGAACUGGGUAUCAGCCUGCUAGAUGAUGAGCUCAUGUCACUAGGACUCAAUGACGUAACGCCCAACUCUACCCACACUCCUCAGUCGGGAGACUGGAACUCCUUUCAGUGUUCUGACAGUGUAGAGCCAGUCGUCCCAGCGGUGCCUACUGCAACAGUGUUGCUACCGGCCGUGACCCCUAUCCCCCAGGCUCCAUCAGGGGGGGCCCCCGCUGCUUCCCCUAAAGCCCUGGAUGAGUUAGACCUGCUGGGCAAGACCCUGCUGCAUCAGUCCCUACCCCCGGGGACGCAGCACGUCAAUUGGGAUAAACUGCAGCCCCAGUCCAGACCCACCCUGCGAGACCUCCAGACCAAGUCCAGUACCAACACUACUAGCACCUCCAUCCCCAGCCCUGUCCUGGCCUUCCCCUCUGAGCAGCCUGGGUCUCUCCUAGACUCCCUGCCCAGCCUCGGGCCUCCUACCCCAGCCCCCCAGAACGACAUCUCCUUAGCUAACGUGACUGUGCCCCUGGAAUCCAUCAAGCCCAGCAGCCUGUUACCAGUGACUGUAUUUGACAAGCACAGUUUGCGGGUGCUGUUCCACUUUGCCCGUGACUCUCCUCCCUCUCGGCCUGACGUGCUGGUAGUGAUCAUUUCCAUGUUGUCCUCCGCCCCCAUACCAGUCACCAACAUCCGUUUCCAGUCUGCAGUACCCAAGGUGAUGAAGGUGAAGCUACAGCCUCCUUCAGGAACUGAGCUUCCAGCCUUCAACCCCAUCUUACCCCCAGCCGCCAUCACACAGGUCCUACUGCUGGCCAAUCCUCACAAGGAGAUGGUCCGGUUGCGAUACAAGCUCACAUAUGACCUGGGAGAAGAAUCACAUGACGAAUCCGGCGAUAUAGAACAGUUCCCCCCUCCAGAUACCUGGGGGAACCUUUAGUGGGACCGAUCAACUUCCUGUCACCUGAUCCGCUGCUUCCCUUAGGUGUAUGUCGAAGGUCCCCCCCAAGCACUGGUCCAGGGAAAGAUGGCGUUUUUACAUUGUGAUGGUUACGGGAAAUCUGGUCUUAGACCUGUUAUUUGGGAUCGGUUUCUCCCUUAAGGGUCACACCAAAUGUGUGCUGUUGACAUCUGACUACCGACUUUUUCACGUAAUUCUACAUGUAAAUUCGGUUUGCACUCAGUUUUCAAAUGACCUCCGGUUCUCUGUUCAGAGGUGCUAAGUACACUCGGCAGGUAAACGCUAUUGGUGUGUCCGAGCCCUUAUGUCUUCCCAGUUGUUAUGGAUUGAAUAUCGGCAGGGAAAGUGGAUCCUAGAUAAAGUUAUUUGUGGGCAGUUUCUCUCUUAUGCCAUCCAUGUGUCCCAUCCAUGAUCCACCACCCCAUGUUGUCAUCUUUCAUACUCCAUUUUGUGUUUUUCUUCAUUCCAUUGACUGUACUACAAUCAGCCCUGUCCAAAACAAAUCAUUGCUGUGAGAAGUUGAAGCCUUUUAAACUGAAUGUGUGUGGAACUGUUUCUCUCAGGCUACUACGCCUGAUAGCAUUAUUCUGCACAAAAUAUGACACUCAAAUAGUGUAGUCCCAAAGUAUUGUAUUAUUUUCUAUUAUUUGUACGGUGUGAGACCAGUUGGGUCUGUGACUGUUAUAUAAGUUGGGCAGUAGGUGUCUGAAGCUGUAACAAAUGUAUAUCCUGUCCAAUCUUCUGUGAAGGAAUAUCCAAUCUAUGACGCUAUUAUUCAUUCUAUUGAAAUCACAUUAUUGUUUUAUGUUUUCAUUUUGUUUUGAUCUAAACAGCAGUUUGUUGCCCCCCCCCCCCCGUUUUAAGUGAAUUCAUUCCACUACACUGUGCAUGCACUUCCUGUUAGUUUGGUUUUGCACAUGAAUAUGAUUCCCUCAUUUGCUGUCCUCUGUUCCACCUUCAGCUGUUGACGUUGACCCAAAGGGAGAGGUGUUAGUUCAGUACUGAGUUGUCAGUGCUGACACCAUUUAAAUCUGCCGUAUGUGCCUAAAGCUGAGAGUUUGUUCUUUAUGUAUCUGGGUAUUUAUUAAUUGUUUACCUUCCAUGUACAUACGAAUGCUAAUUUGGUUGUCAAUUUUUUUCCCCGUUUCGGAGUUGGACUACUGAUUUUCUUACGAAAUUUGGCUAUGCUUCCCUUGGUGUGAGAUGUGAAACUCAUUGUCCCUAAUGCUCAUUGAUGAUGCGUCCGUUCAAUCUAGGGGCGACCAAUCAUAUCUGCUCCAGUCAAGUAGUACCACACCCGAUUCAACCAAUAAAAUGAUUUAUAGAAGACUAAGAUUAGUUGAUCAGGUACCAUGUUAGUGCUUGGCUAGAAGUAAAGCCAGCAGCCCCACCUGUCUAUUGCAGAUAUAGUGGCCCAACCAUGCAGCAGCUGCAUCUCACGUCAUUCUGCUGCUCCCCUCCACAUUCCACCUCCCUGCCUUUAUUCCCUAGCCUGCGUCCCAGAUCUGUUUGUG